AUGGCGCGCACGAAGCAGACGGCGCGGAAGUCGACGGGCGGCAAGGCGCCCCGCAAGCAGCUGGCCACCAAGGCUGCCCGCAAGAGCGCGCCGGCCACGGGCGGCGUCAAGAAGCCGCACCGCUACCGGCCCGGCACGGUGGCGCUGCGCGAGAUCCGGCGCUACCAGAAGUCCACGGAGCUGCUGAUCCGCAAGCUGCCCUUCCAGCGCCUGGUGCGCGAGAUCGCGCAGGACUUCAAGACCGACCUGCGCUUCCAGAGCUCGGCCGUCAUGGCGCUGCAGGAGGCCAGCGAGGCCUACCUGGUGGGGCUCUUCGAGGACACCAACCUGUGCGCCAUCCACGCCAAGCGCGUCACCAUCAUGCCCAAGGACAUCCAGCUGGCCCGCCGCAUCCGCGGAGAGCGCGCCUGAGCUGUCGGCAGACGGAAGUUUCAGACCAUCGAAAACCCAAAGGCUCUUUUAAGAGCCACCACAACGUCAUUAAGGAGCUGUAAAAUCCUAAUUAUGUGUAAGAAGUGAUGUUUUUGGGUGGCUUAUUGUCGAGAGGAUCUUGCGCGUCAAGGUUGAAAACUGGUCUCCAUUUUUUUAUCUCACGUCAUUUUGGUUGUAGGAAACAGCUUUCACUGUUCUCCAAGGGAAGCUAUUUGCUUAAAAGAUAAGUGGGUUUUAUUUGUUACCAUGUCUUGAUACAAUUUGUUUGAAUUCGCAAAGGGAAGUUCUGUAGAAUCUUGCUCCCCUGGCUGGAGAAGUUAAAUGCACCCUAAAUGUCUCCAGUGUGUUGCAGAUGCGCUGCCUCUGUGUCCCUCAUUUAACCUCACCGUUUGUCAGCAGCAAAAUCGUAUCUUGUAUCUCGCCGUCCCGUCCCCCGCCACUUGUUUUUUUAUUGAUUUGUUUUUGGGAGGGCCUGUGGCACUCACUCUGUUUCUGAGAGCGCAAGAGCUCCUUUCCCGCCCUCCCUGGAAGGACUCUCCAUCGGCGCUUUCCUCACUGCCCUAUCGCUCCUGGCCGUGAGCGACGUCCCGCGGGCAUUUCCAACCCAUUUCAACCGCUGCAAUUUAUUCCCGAGAUAAAAUAUUUCCAAAAGCGGUGGAGGGGCGGGUGGAAUCCAAGGUGGAGGCAAGGAUGUUUUCAGAGUCCUUUUCCCGAGCCGUGUGCGUGCUCCUUGCUGGAGUCUCGUCUAGGACCGCACGUGUAACAUCUUUAAUGGAUGGUUGGGGAUUUUUGGCUGCAUCAAUCUUCUCUGUCGUUAUUGAGGCUCCCAAAAAGGUUUCUUGAAGUUACCACAGGCCGAGUGUUUUCCAAGAAGCAUCUGUGCUGGAAAACUUAGCAAGUCUAGAGUAAUUUCUAAAUGGAGGCUCUUCCCCAUUCGUCGUGUUCAGUGAUUUUUGUGAACCUACCUAGAAAACUGAUUUCUCCCUGACUGUAAAUUCAGUCACACACAAACCCCUGCUCUCCUAGUCAUUAGAUGUGUAGUUGCCUGAAAAAUGUACAUUUCUAAAAUUAUUUCGGACUUUCUGGUCCCUUUGCAUACAUAUAUAUAUAUAUACUAAUGCUACAGGUAGAUUUAGGUAAUCUGGGGAGCCUGCUGUUCCACUGAAUUAUUGGAAAUUAUGUUCCUUUGGUUUUUCGGUGCUGCAAAUGAGUACCGGUGGCUUUAAGAAGCUUAAACACAGCCUUCAUUUAAACCAGCAAACAAGGAGCCGCUGAGAAAUGCUUAGAGGAAAUAUUUCUCCCAGAAAGCUUAAGAUUGCAAGGUUCAGUUUAGUCUUAACUGCUGAUAAAACCUUCAUUUUAGGAAUAUUUCCUUCUCCCUGUGAGAAACUUGGACUCUGCAGCAAAAUCCGACCAAUCAAGAGCCUCGACACCAUUUUCUUUCCUCUGUUUUUCUCGCUUUCAGCCAUUUUCUGUUUCUGAGCCUCGGAGGGUUAAAAGGGAGGGGGGAGGCGUCGGGAGCCGGGCUUUGGGAAUUCAGAAGUCUCUGCUGUGAUUUAUUCAUCCAUCCCCCCAGAUUUGUUCAUUGCAUAUGACUGGUGUUUUUCCAAACAGAUUUUUUUAUUUCUGUAGAUUGCUGGUGGGACUGCAGAAAUGAGAUGUAGUGAAAGCUAACUCAUUUCAUUUUCUGAUACGGCCAAAGACAUGUUUACCUGGACCUGUUUGCAUAUGCUUAUAGGAAAAAUAAAUAUUACAUCAAGUAAAAUCGCUUUUUCUAGCGGUUUGUUUAGAAGAUAUUUGAUAUCUUAUAGAAGAUGUUGGUCAGACUAGUUACAUUUCAGAAAAAUGUAGCAUCAGAAUUAAUGGGUUUUUUGGUUUGGGAUGAGAGAGGAGGUUUGGGUUUGUGGUUUGUUUUUGGUUUUUUGGGUUUUUUUGCAUGUUGAAGAAACAAAUUAUAUUUAAGCAGUGAGACAGGUUUUAUUUGCCUUCAUCUCUCUUUUCCUCUUGUCUUUUGAAGACCUCAAACUGUUUUACUAAAUUAAGUAUUUGGAUUAAUUCAGAGAGAGUUGCAUGCUCGAAUGGUAAAAAAAGAAAAACACUUAACACUUCAUCAGCUGAGAAAGAAAGAUGUGCAGUGCUCUUUAUUUUCUCAGGUCUCGUAUAAACCAUAAAUUAUAAUGCCUGAGCCUGAAGUCGUUUUGGGGUGAAAUGCACAGCAAAUGGGUGGCAGGCAGACACAGGUGAUGUGGUGCAAGAUUCCCUAAGUCCAAGCGGGAAUAAACGUGGAGGUUCCUCUGGUGCCAGCAAGGUUCAGCUGCAUUUCUUUGCUUUUUUGCAGGGGAGCCUGAGAUAAAAGAAUGCUGCCAAGGCAAAGCUGGAUGCGAGCAAGAGCUCUGUGCUGAGCAGCUGAGGAUUGGCUUGACAGCUGCUGUUGGUAAUUAAAGUGCAUUUGCAGGUGAUUUUAGAUGCUCAGCAAGAUACUUGGCUAGGACUGUUCCUGGCCCUUUAUCAUCCUCCAUGGAUGAACUCGCUCAAAUUAAAAUCAUGGCCUGGAAGAAUGUUCUUAUCAGUCCAACAGGUAAAACAGAGCAUCACUACUGACAUUCUGCUGAAAUGCUUCAUUUCAUCCAAAUACAUAAAAGGUCUGAUGACAGCAUCUUUCUAGAACAAAAAAAAAAAAAAAAAAAAAGAAA